CCUACUCCGACAAGAUCAAAGAGAUGUCCAUGCUGUCUCUGAUCUGCUCCUGCUUCUACUCACAACCACACCCCAACAGUCUCUACCAAUAUGGAGGUUUGUAGUGAAGAGCUAUGUGUUUGUCCGUGUCCCAUAGAGAUUAUAUAAAUACUGAAUAUGAUCUUUCUAUGGUCUGUCUGUCUCUCUCUCCUUCUAUGUCUGUCUGUCUGUCUGUCUGUCUGUCUGUCUGUCUGUCUGUCUGUCUGUCUGUCUGUCUGUCUGUCUGUCUGUCUGUCUGUCUGUCUGUCUGUCUGUCUGUCUGUCUGUCUGUCUGUCUGUCUGUGUCUAUCUGUCUGUCCUCCCCUCUCUCUGUGUCUGUUUGUCUUUCUGUGCUCCCCUCUCUCUGUGAUUGUCUGUCUCCCUGCAUCCUGAAUAUCAUACUGAAUAUGAUCUUUCUAUGGUCUGUCUGUCUCUCUCUCCUUCUCUGUCUGUCUGUCUGUCUGUCUGUCUGUCUGUCUGUCUGUCUGUCUGUCUGUCUGUCUGUCUGUCUGUCUGUCUGUCUGUCUGUCUGUCUGUCUGUCUGUCUGUCUGUCUGUCUGUCUGUCUCCUUCUCUCUCUCUGUCUGUCUGUCUGUCUGUCUGUCUGUCUGUCUGUCUGUCUGUCUGUCUGUCUGUCUGUCUGUCUGUCUGUCUGUCUGUCUGUCUGUCUGUCUGUCUGUCUGUCUGUCUGUCUGUCUGUCUGUCUGUCUGUCUGUCUGUCUGUGUCUAUCUGUCUGUCCUCCCCUCUCUCUGUGUCUGUUUGUCUUUCUGUGCUCCCCUCUCUCUUUGAUUGUCUGUCUCCCUGCAUCCUGAAUAUCAUACUGAAUAUGAUCUUUCUAUGGUCUGUCUGUCUCUCUCUCCUUCUAUGUCUGUCUGUCUGUCUGUCUGUCUGUCUGUCUGUCUGUCUGUCUGUCUGUCUGUCUGUCUGUCUGUCUGUCUGUCUGUCUGUCUGUCUGUCUGUCUGUCUGUCUGUCUGUCUGUCUGUCUGUCUGUCUGUCUGUCUCCUGUCUGUCUGUCUGUCUGUCUGUCUGUCUGUCUGUCUGUCUGUCUGUCUGUCUGUCUGUCUGUCUGUCUGUCUGUCUGUCUGUCUGUGUCUAUCUGUCUGUCCUCCCCUCUCUCUGUGUCUGUUUGUCUUUCUGUGCUCCCCUCUCUCUGUGAUUGUCUGUCUCCCUGCAUCCUGCCUCCUGCCUGCCUGUCUGUAUCAAGCUGUUGUGUGUUAGUACCAUAGCAUAGUGUACAAACAGGCCAGUAAUUUUGAGUCCUGGCCGACACAGGCUUACUGCCCUAAUACCUGCUGUUCUCCACAGACAUGGAGGUGAAGUCCCUGAACAAGCGGGCGUCCGGCCAGGCCUUCGAGGUCAUCCUGAAGGGCCCCGCUGACCUCUCUCCGGACAGGCCCCAGCCCCUGCUUUCUGCUCCCAAGAAGGACCUCUCCCUGGACGAGCUCCAUAAAAGGCUGGAAGCUGCGGAGGAGAGGAGGAAGGUAAACGGAGAGCAUGACAGAUAAUGGGUCACUGCAAUAUCUCUUUCAUCAAUAUCUCUUUUCACCCUUCGAUUCUUCUCACUCUUCCUCUCUUCACAAUCUCUCUCAUCUAUCCCUCUUCCUCUCUCCCCUCUCUCUUUCUCCCUCUUCUCUAUCGUUGUCUACUUCUCUCCCUCGUCUCUCUCUGCAGUCUCAGGAGGCCCUGGUGCUGAAGCAGCUAGCUGAGAAGCGGGAGCAUGAGCGAGAGGUGCUCCACAAGGCCCUGGAGGAGAACAACAACUUCAGCAAGAUGGCCGAAGAGAAGCUUAACCACAAGAUGGAGGUCAACAAAGAGAACCGUGAGGCCCACCUGAAUGCGCUGAAGCAGCGGCUCCGGGAG